GGGGGCGGGACAAAACAGAGAUAACGGACCUGGACAAAAAAAACAAAAAACCGCUCGGUCUGUCUGUUGUCGUUACCGGACACGUCCGCUGAUAAUUAUGUGAAUUAUUACUAAAACUUUGAGUUUUGGUGGACGCCAAAAAAAGUAGAAGUAGAGACGAACAUGCUGUCCAACGAGCUAGAAACGCAGUGAAGUAAUCAGUGAGAUGUCUCUGGCUCAGAGGGUCUUGUUGACCUGGGUCUUCACCCUGGUCUUCCUCAUCAUGCUGGUCCUCAAACUGGACGGGAAGGUGCAGUGGAACUGGUUCCUCAUCUUCCUCCCUGUCUGGGUCUUUGACGGCAUCCUCAUCCUCAUGCUCGCCAUUAAGAUGGCAGGCCGCUGCAAGCCCGGUUACGACCCGCGCAACGGCUCCCCAGACUUGCGUCUGCGUGCCUGGUACCUGACGGCCAUGCUGCUCAAGCUGGGCUUCUGCCUGACGCUGUGCGCCAAGCUGGAGAAGCUGGCGGACGUCAAGCUGACGUUCGUGUGCAUACCACUGUGGACCAUGUUACUGGGGGCGCUGGUGGAGCUGGGGCUGAACAUCUUCCCUGAGAGGAGAGAGGCGUAAAAACGCUUGGUGCAAACCUCGACAUGAAUCAUUCCGUCAUGAUUGUUGAGGAUAGAUUUGUGCUUGUAUGACCAUAACUUUGUGAAAUUUGAGCUUUUCUUUUGGCCUGAUUUUGUUUCCAGACUGGAUUCAGGUUCUCAGACGUUGCUAUUCAUGUUAAGAAUGAGAGACUUUGUGUAAAAAUGAAAAUGAUAGUGUGGUCAGACCUCAGUGGAGUUUGCUGUAAGGGCUUCAACAGGGCAGGAACUCUGCGCAACCCAAGAGCUGCUAUCAAAUCCGUCUCAAUCCAUGAUCAAUAUAUAUUUCUUCAUAAAGACAAAAAAUACUCUAAGGGGAUCAACUUAUAUGUAUAACUACUGUGAAGCCGACACUGGAAGAAACAUUAACGUCCUCUAAUGUUUGCUUUUUGAACUCGAGAUGUUCAGUAUUGUUUUCUAGUGUUUAUUUUUCACUGUACAUAAGCUAACACAGCUGCUUUUCUAAAGAACCAGAGGAACCAAAUGUUAUUUUGGCGAAUCUUCACUUCCUUUAUUUAAGCUGCAUAACAUUAACGAUCACUCUUGGUACCAGAAUCGUGGAGUGUAAACAUUAGUCAUGCUUUAGGUAUGGUGUGGUGGAGAGUAGCUGGCUGAAUAUUAUUUUCCAAGUCGUUCAUGACGCCAGCUUGAUUUUGGCUGCGAGCGCAUAAAGGAGUCGAUAAUUAAAGAAAUUGUUCUCCACAUAAAAGACAUCCUGGAACAACUUUGUAUCUGAAUUUGUCCCACAGGCGAGCAAUACAAAGUCUCUUUUGUACCAUGUAAAUCAUCAUGUGCUCUAUGAAAAUCAGUAAGCUCUUAUUAGGUACAAAGUUCACAAGGAGCAAACCCUUGACGUGAGUUAUAUCUGCUGACCAAAGUGAUAUUCAGAAUUAAGACAGAGCUCGCUCUUCAAAAAUACUUUCCACCACCGUUGUUUCAUAUUCCAGCUCUACGGUGCAGUUGACACUGUGCACGAGUGACGUUUGUUUUGUGCCAUUUUGAUUGUUCGUCAGUAUUUCGAAUACAUUCUUUGCGUUGUUUUGCACGAUUGUAGAAAUGAGAAGGAUUAUGCGUUUCGAGAUCGAGGGUGUUUGAUAAUAAAUGCAUGUCUUGUUUAAAAAAAAUAAACGGUUUCUGUACAU